AUGCCGGAACAGAAGGGAUUGGGAGCAUUGCAGACGAUGGCUGCUACCGAGUUAGAUGGAGAGAUGGACGAACAAGACGAUAUUCAGUCAGAGCAGGCAGUUUCGAGAGACUUGGAGAUUACGAUGAGAGCCAGGGAAGACGAGUACAUCAACCAAUCGAAGCGCACACUGGUGUGUAUCACACAACGUCGCUCAAAACGACCAAUCGACGAUGCCCUAGAAAGUUCAGCGGACCCCGAUGAGAUCGGUCCUAGUAAUGCACAAGCACCUCCUAUCCCACCGAGGAAGCCAGCUAAAUCCAGACCUGGCCUCCGCCCCCGCACGGCAGCUUCAAGCCAGAAGUCGAAGCCAGAAGUCAUUGACGCUUGCAAAUACUUCUGCAGAAGAAAGUGA